UCAUCAUUAAUAUUCGCAACGUAUUUGCUCGUUAUUACCGAUAUACCACGCUCGCGCGCCGCACGCGUACCCCGGGCGACGUAACCGACGACGAUAUGCACACGCCGAAAUAAUUGUUAUUGUAAGAAAAGAUUCGUUCGCGGUUUUUUUUUCCCACUUCUUAGCACCCCCAUCCCCCCCCCCCGCGCGCGCGAUUCGAGACUAGGCGAAAAAACCGUUAAGACUUAAGGCGCGCAUUUUUCCAACAGCACGCACACACGAUGACCACCGAAACGGCCAAGUCGGUGUUCGCCGCCGACGGACACCACCGUCCGCGGUUUGACUACGGCAAGCUGGACGACCCCAACAAGGGCUACUGGAACGCGGUCGGCGCCGGCCACGGCCACGGCGGCGUCCACCCGGUGCUGCAGGCGACCGCGUCCACCGAACGUUUUUGGGCCGAGGAGCCCGAGGAGGAGAUCAAGCGCAAAGUGCAAGACGCCAAGACGAAAUUCCACCGGAACCGACAGCUCCAGCUCAAGCACUUGCCCCGUUCCGUCACCGAAGAAGAAAUCCGCAAGGCUCUGAUCGAGUUCCCGGUGGAGAAGGUGCACAUCAGCACGACGUCGGGCAGCAGCAUGGCCAAAGUGACGCUGGAGGAUCCCGAGCUCCGGAUGGAAGAAUGGGACUUCAACAAGCAGUUCCUGAUCAGGGGGCAGCGCAUCCCGGUGUCGCCCACGCCGACGGAGAUGCUGUUGUGCGUGGCGCGGCUGCCGUUGAGCUACACCGAGGAGCAGUUCACGCAGCUGAUCCAGAUGUACGGCGAGGUCGAGAAGUCGUUUCUUAUCAUCAGCGAGAGGACGGGCGACAGCAAGGGCUACGGGUUCGUCGAGUACGCCAAGAAGGAGUAUGCGAUCGCCGCCAAGUCCGGUUUGGACGGCAAACAGAUCAAAGACGCGAAAAUCGUGUGCGACUGGCUGGACGGCAAUCACAUCACUUACGAAGCCUUGCACUCCAAGUGCCUCUACGUGGACAGGUUGCCCACAGGAUUCCGGGACAUGAGCGAAUUCCGACAAAUGUUCGCCAAGGUGGUCAACCCGCCGUACUGUCAGAUUGCAUUGAAAAAUGGAUGCCCGUUGGACUGGGGACUUGUCGAGUACAACUCGGCCGAAGACGCGGAAAGAGCGCAAUCCGAAUUGGACGGUCAUGUGUUGAGAGGUCAGAAAAUUCGUAUAACCUACUACAUUCCCGGUGUGCGAGCCAUCAACUUGUUUUUGAAGUUGUUGAACGAACCGAGCAAGUCUAAAUGUGGCGGACUAUUGCCAGACCCGCCCAAAGAAGUGAUCGAACAGUCGUUGCAGAAUCUUUCCAAACAGAAUCCAAUUUUUGCUCAAAAUCUUCAGAAUAUCAUUUUCAAUCAGAUCAAAGCGUCGCAAAUGGCUCCGGAGCUUCAAGAUUUUUCGGACCCUUCUCUGAGGUCACAUCUGAUGGGCGGAAAAGUGCCACCGACAAUGUUACACUCUCCGAGCAGUUUGCCGUACAUGAGUUCCAAUCCAGAGGCAUACGGCACAAGACUGUUGUCGAGCCCACCCGUCGGAGAGGUGCCGCCGCACAUGGCUUCCGGAUUGUUCGACGGUGACUUGACCAACCCGUUGUUGGCCAACUAUUAUCGAGAACUGCUGACGGCUCAGAUUCUGGCCGGAGCGGCGGCCAAGAGCAACGGCUUCGGCGGACUGGCCACCAACCUGCAACAGACGUUUGUCGACAGCGUGGUGCAGCCGUCCAACAACAACGGCGGCAACCUGAACCAGAACCAGAGUCUGCAGAACAUUGGCCAACAGCUUGUCGGCGGCCACCAGAUGGGCCAACAACAGCAGCAGCAGCAGCAGCAACAGAACAUCGUCAUCAACAACAUACUGUACAACUUUGGCGGCGUCAACGCGACGACGCCUCCGGCCACACCGACGCCGACGACGCCCACUUUCGGCUCGUCGUUGUCGCUGAACAUCGAACAGGCCUGGUCGACGAAGAACCCGUCGUCCACGUCGGCCGACACGUACUUGGCCAGCCCCAUAGCGGCGCCGGAGAAGUCCACGCUGAGCUAUUCGCCGUCCUCUACGUGGUCUCUGCAGAGCGGCACGUCCACGCCGUCGCCGCAAUCGCUAUACUCGCCGUUGGCGCCCAACAUCUGGACGCCCACGUCGUCCACGUCGUCGCUGUCCAGCCAAGAGUCGUCGCGCGGACAGAAGCGCGGCAUACCGCCGUCGCCCGAACUCAGCCCCGAGGGCAUGUACAUCGGACAACAUUCGCAAGGCAUCGGCGGCCACUACGCUGACUCGUACUUGAAACGCAACAAGAAGAACUGAUGCUGCGCUGUUGGACGAUCUAUGAUCUACGAUGAUGAUAUUAAAUGAUUUAUACACACAUGACUUAGAUAUUUCUAUCACUUUUUCAA